ACUAAAAUUGGAACCAGGAACCCCCACAAAGCAGAAAGAAAGAGAGACAGACGAGAAGAAACAACACUUUUCAUGGCCGCCUUGAAUCUUGUGAACUAUUCCUCCUCUUCUUCAUCAUCUAAGCUGCUGAAGAGAAGUGUGUCCAGGAUUCCUCCGUCGAUCCUGUUCCGGGUCCAGUUCCAACACCACCAAAAGCUCUGUUCUUCGAUUCACCAUCAAAGGGUUACCUCAACGGACUACCAAAAGAGGAGUAAUAGAACACACAUCAUUUGCAGCUCCUCCUCCUCCGCCUUCAAUAACAAUACUUCUCCGGCUACAUCUCCGGCGAUUGUCAAUGAUAAUCAUGGAGGAAGUCGAAUUGGAGAGGUGAAGAGGGUUACAAAAGAAACGGAUGUGUCUGUCAGAAUAAACUUGGAUGGCUCUGGAAUUGCAGAUAGCAGCACUGGGAUACCAUUCCUUGACCAUAUGUUGGAUCAACUGGCUUCACAUGGAUUAUUUGAUGUUCAUGUUAGAGCAACCGGUGACAUUCAUAUUGAUGACCAUCACACAAAUGAAGAUGUUGCACUUGCUAUUGGAACGGCUUUGCUUCAGGCAUUAGGUGAUAGGAGAGGGAUCAGCCGUUUUGGGGACUUCUCAGCUCCACUUGAUGAAGCAUUGGUGCAUGUCACAUUGGAUUUAUCAGGACGGCCUCAUUUAGGCUAUGAUCUAAAAUUUUCAACAGAGAGAGUUGGCACAUAUGAUACUCAGCUUGUUGAGCAUUUUUUCCAGUCAUUGGUUAAUACUUCUGGAAUGACCCUCCACAUUCGCCAGCUUUCUGGGACAAAUUCUCAUCACAUAAUUGAGGCAACCUUCAAGGCUUUUGCUAGAGCUCUGCGACAGGCAACCGAGUAUGAUGCUCGCCGUCUUGGGACUGUACCUAGCUCAAAAGGUGUCCUGUCCCGUUCUUGACAUUUCAAUUCCAACAAUAAAGAUUGUGUUUCUUAUAAGAAAGCAUAAAAAUCCUCAUUCUUGGCAGUUAUAUUAGAAGCCUCAUACCUCUUUUGUGGCAUGAAAGCCAAUUAUGAUCUCUGCCUGCUGUCCUGUUUUUUUUUUCAUCAUUAAUCCUCAAGUUACAUCUUGAUAACUGUUUCUUGAAGGUCAAGCUAUCCAAAGUUUAGUGGGGGCAAAAAGAUGCUUCUUUUGGGGAUUAUUAAGAGCUUAGUUUGUAUAUUAACUAAUCUCUGGAUUUUUUUAUUAGUGCAUUGUUGUUUAAAUAUUCAUAAGAGUGUCCAUGAUAAUAAUAAUAAUAAUAGAACAAUAUCAGA